CCGCGCAGCAAAUAGUUGUGUUUGCGCUUGUAAUCGUUUGUGAAACAAUGCCAUCGUAAUGUCUAAGUGUCAUAGUGUUUUUUGAGAAAGUGAACACAACAAAGGAUUGCAGUGUUUUAAUGGAAACACGUGGGAAUUGAAUAGAUAUCACAUUAACGAUGCUACAUUCCAAUGGUAACCAGUUUUAGCACAGUUGUGAUAAACGUAGGAAAAAAUGUCUACCACCGCGACCAGACAUGUCAAGUCGUCCAACUCGGCGAACAUUUUAAUGUGCAAGCAAUGGUGGAAAGUGUGCUGGAUGUACGGGGAUCAGGAGAAAUACUACAGACAAUUGUACGGGAGACGAAAAAUUAACACAAACAAAGGUAUAUUCGACGACACAGACAUAAAACGACCUGGUGCACAAAUAACUGAAUUAACAGAUGAUUUCUUCCAAGACAACGUCACACAGAACCCCGCCCCAGAUGAAAGGAAAGAUUGGUUCGGAGCUGAAGCUGAACCGAUCUAUGGCUUCGAGUGGCAAAACGACCAAAGAAGAAAACCAAUUAACUUGGACGAUUUUAGAGAAAUACUGACUGAUGAUAGUCAUAAUCUACCUCCAAAUAGAGUUAUAGAUUCAGAUGAACAGAUACAUAAAAACGGCGAUGUUAUUGGAAAAACGUCUAGAACAGUCUCUAGGACGAAAAAAGGGGCGUUAGUUACCGAAGAAACAGAAAUAUGUACUGAUGGUAGGACAACAGCGCAUCUUAGGUUUCAUCGGUCCACGAUUAAAAGUGCUCCGAAUAAAGUUAAGGAGGUUCUACAGCCGUUAAAAGAGGAUGCAGUGUUGGAUGAAUGUUCUAGAAAGAAGUGCGUUGGUGACACUUUGACGACCACCACGACGACGCUAGUGACGGUGACCCAACAAAUGGUGACGUGCUGUAAUGAACCAGUCUGCCGCAACUGCGUGGUAUCACCAACCGGCUCGUCACCACCGCCACUGCAAGAGCAGCAAUCACCACCUCCCCCCGCGCCAGCGUCACCCCCGCACCUCCCCUCCCCCCAACCACGUCUUCCAUCACCGCAGCCCCACCUACCAUCACCGCAACCAAGCCACAGCGGAUCCUCAAUACCUAGCACUUCAAACUCUCCACACCCUUACUCGUACCCGAACUUCAGAAGAAGUCAAUACCAGGACUAUGCGCUUCCAAACCUGAAUCAGGGUCCAAGUUACCACUCCCCGCAAUCACCUCAGUCAGCUAUGUCGCUAUCUCCUCAUCCCGUGCAGGGGAAGUUCAGGGGAUUGUUGGAACAUGCUGAACGACUGAUGAAGCCGGGGGACCCGCACCGGCAUUCGCAGAGUGAUGAUGAUUCAGGGUGCGCGCUGGAAGAAUACACUUGGGUGCCGCCUGGAUUGCGGCCUGAACAGGUGCACCUAUACUUCUCAGCGCUUCCAGAAGAUAAGGUCCCGUACGUCAACAGCGUGGGGGAGAGGUACCGGCUCAAACAACUGCUGCAGCAGUUACCCCCACAGGACAAUGAAGUUCGAUACUGCCAUUCAUUAUCAGACGAGGAACGCAAGGAGCUACGGUUGUUCAGUGCUCAGAGGAAACGGGAGGCGCUAGGCAGGGGACAGGCGAGACAGCUGCACGCGCCAGCCACUUGCGAACGGUGUGAAGAAACAAUGUCCUCUGGAGACAUGUGCGUUUCCGCGGCGCGCGCUGGUCCCUCCGCGCGAUGGCAUCCAGCCUGCUUCGUAUGCUCCUCCUGCCAGGAGCUGCUCGUAGACCUGGUGUACUUCUGGAAGGACGGGCGGCUGUACUGCGGCCGGCAUCAUGCGGAGACCUUGAAGCCGAGGUGCUCUGCUUGUGAUGAGAUCAUUCUCGCGGACGAGUGCACAGAGGCUGAAGGUAGGGCAUGGCACAUGAAGCACUUUGCCUGCGCGGAGUGCGCUAAGGUUCUCGGAGGGCAGCGCUACAUCAUGCGGGAGGCGCGGCCCUACUGCCUGCCUUGCUUCGACAACUGCUUCGCCGAGUACUGCGACGCGUGCGGCGAACCGAUCGGCGUCGAUCAGGGACAGAUGUCACAUGAGGGACAACACUGGCACGCCACAGAGCGGUGUUUUGCAUGCCACACGUGCCGGUCCAGUCUUCUCGGCCGGCCAUUCCUCCCGCGGAAAGGAGCGAUAUUCUGCUCCAUCGCCUGUUCGAAAGGUGAGCCGCCAACGCCCUCCGAUUCUUCAGGCCCCGGUCCACGACCGCCAAGAGCGCCGCGUCCAAGAAGGAUCCCCUCGCCAAAGUCGCCACCUAAAAGUCCACAGCGAGAAACGUCACCGCAUUUAGAUGCAGAUUCUGAGCCGAGCGCGUCAUUAGCACCCGAAUCGCCGCCACCGCACCCACCUCCUCCACCACACGCGUGCUUAAGCCUCGAUAGAGCGCUCGCAGACUUAAGAAUAGAACAAACAAUGGUAGAACAUCAAAUACAAACUACCCCUACGUCAGAAGAAAAGGAAGAGGAAGAAGAAGAAUGGAAAGCACCGCAUCCAGUAGAAGCUCAAGCAGUAGUAACCCCGGGCCACUCGACAUCGAUGCCAGAACUCACGCUUGUGGAUGGUAAAAGUAAAAAGCCGAGAAGUGGGAGGACAGUUAGGUUUUGUGGAGACAAUGAGGCAUUCGAGCCUGAUGAACCUGUAAGAAGACAGAAGGUGAGAGACGACGACGCUAGCAGCUACUGCAGCACGUGUUCCUCGUCAUCUUCCUCCUCUGAAUCAUACACUUUACCAACAAGAAGAGCAUACGGCGGCGUGAGAAUAUCAUACGUACCGAACGACGCCGUCGCAUGCGCGAAACGUGAAAGACAAAGAAAGAAUCCGAAUCACGAUAAAAACUGCAUAAUUUCGUGAUCUUGGCUAGCCCUAAUCCCUCCUAGUGACGACAACCUCCGAACGAAAGACUGACUAUUAGAUUUUGUAGCCCCUAACGCCAUAGUAUUAUAGAUAAAAGUCUUCCUAUUAAUAUAUAUCGCUUUGUCGUUCGAUUUGUGCGGAAUAUCAUGAGUUUAGUGACACCCAGCUAUCUAUAAAAGGCUUAACCACUGAAUAGGCUCGUAUUAUUCGGGUCUAAUCCCUCCUGAACGCUCCACACCUUUAUUCCAAAGGAUUUUAUCGUCAGUUGGCCGCUACCACGCGUUUCUAGCCACACUGGUGGUCUGAAGCUUUAAAUUAUUGUGCUUCGUAACAUAUCUAUGCUUGUAUUAUUUCAUAUCGUUUAGAACAUUAAUUUUAAGACAUAUCCCACUUUGCCACUUAGUUAAGGUUGUAAAUGCGAUUUAAGUACAAAUAUAAUGUUGUAUUUUGUAACGAUUUUGUAAGUGUGUUCAAAUUUGUAAAUAGUUUAGUUAGGAUAUAGAAUGUUUAAUGUAAUUUAUUUGAUAUUCGUACAAUGCCUCAAUGAUGGCGUGGGCAGCUGAAAGAAUACCUCUUAGAUAAGAUUCUAAAGAUGCCUUUUAACCCAAUAAACUUACCUUUCAUGUAUUUACGUAAUAACAGAGCGUACCUAGUUAACAUCAUCUUACAAUUAUGUAUGUGUAAGUUAUACACACACACACACACACAAAAGUUACGCACACACAUAUUGUAAUUAUGUUUUAUUUUAAGUUUUUUGUUGUUUUAAUAUUCCCGUAUAUAUCAAAUUAUGAAGAACUGGAUUUUUGUUUGAAUAACAAAUAUCUAUGACGUAUUAAAAUAAUAAUGAAUAUUUAGACUGUCUAUGUAAACAUACUUAUUUCUAGAUAUUACCACUCAUUGUAAUUAAAAAUGAAAUUGUAAUACUCAUUUUACGUAUUAUUAUUAAAAUACUCGAUGUAACAGGGGACAAUAAUGUUUAACGUGAAGAGCUCAAAUAAUUCUUUUUUUAUUGUUUAACUUCUUAUUAAUAAAUGCACGAUAAUUAAUAAACUUAAUACUCCAACUUUUUUUUUUGGAGUUCAAAAUCAAGUUGCCAUCUUAAAAAUUCUACCUGUUCAAGCAGUAAAAGUUGAUUAUUUGUUAAUUUUUCUUUUUGGUAUAAUUUUUUUUUUUUAAUUAGCCCAAAACUAAUCUUGCCUGUAUCCCAUUAUUGUUUUUGUUGCCACGGCCAAAGUGAGGAUAUUUUGUAGGCGUUUGUAAAAUUAAUAAUGUGUUACAAUAAUGUUUGUACGUUUUUAAGUUAUUUUGUAAUGAAAUAAAAGAGUUUUUAUGAGA